AUGAUUAAAAUAUAUUUAUUUAAUGUCCUAAACCAUGUGAAAUUUGUUUAAAAAAUGGUUAAGCCUGUUCCACUUGUGUAGAUACAACAAACUAAGUAGCUCCUAGUUGUUCAUGAAAAGAAGAAGAUAUAUCAUGAACACUUGAACAAAUUAAUUAUUUUUAAAAUUGUCCAAAAAAUUUUAAAAUCUGUAGUCGAACAUCCAUAUGUACUAAAUGCUAAAAUAAUUAUUGGAGUAAUGGUGGUCUCUGUAGCUCAUGUUUAAGACCCUGUGUAGAUUGCUUAAGAAAUAGUUAUUGUAUUAUAGUUUUUUAAUUAUAUGUAGAUUGAAAAUUAGAAAAUAUUGUAAAAAUAAAACUAUUUUUAAAUCAUUAUAUGUCUAAACAUAUUAAAAAUGAUUGUACUUGCAUUGAUCCUUUAUGCUAAACACCUUCUCAAUGUGAAUGUACAGAAGGUUAUGCAAUGA